AUGAACAGUUCACCUGUUAUCGUCGGUGGCAUGAGGACACCUGCCAGACGAAGACAGAGCACAGGAUCAGCAUCGAACAAUGGCAAGCCGAGAGGAAGUAACAGUGGAAAUGCGAACAGCAUCGUCAAGUUCUAUGGAGAUGACUCACAAGGAUUUAAAUUGUAA